GAUGUUGACUGUUCCCUGACCUCAGAACAAACAGAAGCCUAGCUUGGUCACCUCUUCGCUGCCGUGGGAACGGCCCCUCCCCUGAGCUGGCAUGUCCUGGCGUCCCUGGCGCCAAAGUCCAGGACCUGUGCCUCGGCAUCUCCUCUACCCUCAAAGGAUGGAGUUCGUCAUCCCAGGCACCACAAUGGCCAGCAAGCUCUCCCCUUUCUCAACGUUAUUCGGCUGCUUCUUCCUCUUGUUCUUCCUGAGCAUGGACCCUGCCAGCCGUCAGACCCACGCUCAAAAGGUGGGCUUGUGCCCAGAGGUACAGGAGAGCCAGGACUGCCAGGUUGAAUGUCAGACCGACGAAGACUGUCCUGACGUCCUCAAGUGCUGCACGGCUGGCUGCACGUCGGUCUGCGCAAUCCCCAACGAGAAGAAGGGUAAAUGCCCUAUUAAUGACAGUAGAAUCUCUUUGCUGGGGAUUUGCAAGGACGAGUGUUAUGAAGAUUCUGAUUGCUCUGGCUCACUCAAAUGCUGUAUCAAUGGCUGUGGAAACCAAUCCUGCCUCACACCUGAGCAAUGAGCACCUGGACAAACCCAAGAGAGAAAGCUGCUCACUGACCUAUCCUCUGCUCUUCCAUCUUCUGGGUCCUGGGACCCCAUCUCUCCCUCCCCUGCUGGGCUUCAGGCUUCCUUUCUGGGGCUGACCGUGCCUAGCCAGUGCAUCAAUAAAAAGAUCGGUUCCUGUA